AAAAAAUCUCUGAAGAAGAAAAGAAUACUUAUCUUUCCCCAUAAGGCACUUGAGUUCCAAAUCAUACAACACAUGCAAAGUAUAUCCAACCUUGCUUGCCCCUAAUGACUAUACUCUACAAAAAUGUUCUCAUUUCCUAUGUUUCUUCUCUUUCAAAUAAGUGGAAAUCAAAACAUUGCUCAUAAAAGGGGAAAAUUAAACCAUAAAAUUCUUCCUGUAUAGGAAUGGAGAAUUGGAUUAAACAGAUAAGAGAGAAAUUAAUUGGUGCAGAAGAGGAGAAUAAGGCUGAUUUUGGUGGGAAUAGGGAUCAGAAAACUCUAUCAUUCAAAGAGAAGAAAAAGGCCAAUAAUUGGUUUCAGAGACAAUUUUCAAGGAAAAUGAGUCAUGAUUAUGAUUUAAUAGAAAUGGAGCAUGCCACAGCUGUAGCUGCAGCAGCAUUUGCAAUUAGUUCACAUGUUUCAGAAAUCACACAUGAGAACAAAAUGAGUGAGUUUCCUGAGACCUCAUUGACCAAGACCAGAAGCAAAAUCCAUGAUAAAAAAUCUGCAAUAUCCCAGCUAGGAGCCGCAUCAAAAAGAUUAUCAGGGUCAUUUAAAAUGACAGAUGACCAAGGUUACAAGGUGCCAAUGCCAACAUCUUCUAUUAUUACAGAAGAAAAGAAGCCUGAAAAGACCAUCACACCAGCACCAUCAAUAAAAAAGACUCCAACUUUUAGUGGAACUGAUCAUAAAAAACCUGAUAUCCCAAUUCCAAAAAAGGCUUCAACUUUUGCUGAUAAACAUUUUAUUGACUCUGAUAAUACAAAACCUGUUACCCCAAAACCAAAAGUUCCUCCACUUUUUGAUGAUCCAACUGUGUCUUUAAGGCCACCUCGACCUCCGCCGCCACUACAAUCACCAAUCAGACAGACUUCAACCUCUACAAGACCAUCAACAAAACCAGGUACAGCAGAGACAAAAGCAGAUGCUUGGGAGAGGGAAGAGCUUAAAAAGAUCAAAGAAAGGUAUGAGAAGUUGUUAGAGACAAUAGAUUCAUGGGAAAAGAGGAAAAAGAUGAAAGCAAGACGCAAGCUAAAUAAGCAUGAGAGUGAAAAUGAGCGGAAAAGGGAGAAAGCGAGGAAGAAAUAUGAAGAUAAGAUAAAAUAUUUAGAAGAGAUUGCAGCAGGGGCAAGAGCACAAUCAAAUGAGAGACGAAAUAAUGAAACGCUCAAAGCAAAAGACAAAGCAAACAUAAUUAGAACAACAGGCAAGCUUCCAGGGGCGUGUUCAUGUUUCUAAGAAAAUAAUUAAUACCAAUAUAUUAUGUAUGUACAUAGCAUUAUUUGGUUUGAGAAACAAACAAAAUUCUGUAAUUAUGUGUUUCAAUGUUCUAUGAACAAGUAUAUUUGAAAAGUAAACAAAAUACACGUAUUUUUCUUCUUUUCUAAGACUCGAUCAGUUUCAAAAUAUGGAAAUUAUAAAAUAGUCAUAUGACUAUGUCAAUUAGACAA